AUGAGACACUUCCAGCCCAGCUGGCUCCUGCUCUGCGUGGUGGCCGCCGCCGCUGCCAUCCCCAUUGUGCCCUGGAAGGUCAAAUGCCCUCUGCAGUGCUCCUGCCAGAUCCGGCCCUGGUACACUCCCCGCUCCGUCUACAGGGAGGCUGCCACCGUGGACUGCAAUGACCUCUUCCUCUCCACCGUGCCAGAAGACCUCCCAGAGGGGACCCAGACCCUGCUCCUGCAGAGCAACAACAUCGGCAGGCUGGAGCAGAGCGAGCUGAGCCACCUGCGGAACCUCUCAGAGCUGGACCUGUCGCAGAACAGCUUCUCCGACGUCUGGGACUUGGGGCUGAGGAGCAUGCCCCAGCUGCUCAGCCUGCACCUGGAGGAGAAUCAGCUCUCUGAGCUGCCUGAUGGCAGCUUCCCGGGGCUGGGCAGCCUGCAGGAGCUCUACCUGAACCACAACCAGCUGCGCAGGAUCGCUCCCCGCGCCUUCGCCGGCCUCGGCAGCCUCCUGCGCCUCCACCUCAACUCCAACCAGCUGAGGACGGUGGACAGCCGCUGGUUCCAGAUGCUGCCCAGCCUGGAGAUCCUCAUGAUCGGAGGCAACAGGGUGGAUGCCAUCCUGGACAUGAAUUUCAGGCCCCUGUCGAACCUGAGGAGUUUGGUUCUGGCUGGGAUGAACCUGAGGGAGAUCUCUGCUUACGCGCUGGAGGGGCUGAGGAGCCUGGAGAGCCUCUCCUUCUACGACAACAAGCUGGUGGAGGUCCCCAAGCAGGCCCUGCAGCAGGUCCCCGGCCUCAAGUUCCUGGACCUGAACAAAAACCCCUUGCAGAGGGUCAAGCAGAGCGACUUCACCAACAUGCUGCACCUGAAGGAGCUGGGGCUGAACAACAUGGAGGAGCUGGUGUCCAUCGACCAGUUCGCCCUGCUCAACCUCCCCGAGCUGACCAAGCUGGACGUGACCAACAACCCCAAGCUGUCCUUCAUCCACCCCAACGCUUUCCACCGCCUGCCCCGGCUGGAGACGCUGAUGCUCAACAACAACGCCCUAAGUGCCUUGCACGAGCAGACGGUGGAGGCUCUGCCCGGGCUGCAGGAGAUCAGCAUCCACGGCAACCCCAUCCGCUGCGACUGCGUCCUGCGCUGGGUGGGGGGCGGCCGGCGCCGCGUCCGCUUCAUCGAGCCCCAGUCCACCCUCUGCGCCGAGCCGCCGGACCUGCGGCGCAGGCACCUCCGGGAGGUGCCGUUCCGGGAGAUGACAGACAGCUGCCUGCCUCUCAUCUCCGCCCAGAGCUUCCCCUCCCGUCUGGAGGUGGCGGACGGGGCGGACGUCUCCCUGCACUGCAGGGCGCUGGCCGAGCCCCAGCCGGAGAUCUACUGGGUGAGCCCCGCCGGGGAGAAGCUGCUGCCCUACGCAGAAGAGGGCUCCUACAAGGUGCACCCCGAGGGGACGCUGGAGAUCCGGGGGGUGUCUGCCGGGCAGGCAGGGCUCUACACCUGUGUGGCUCACAACCUGCUGGGGGCAGACACCAAGAGCGUCAGCCUGAGGGUCAACCACUCCUUCCCGCUCAGCGAGGACAGCCUGGAGCUGGUGGUGGUGGACGUCCAGCCCUACCAUAUCCUGGUGGCUUGGAAGCCACAUCUCAACACCGUCUCCUCCAACCUCACCUGGUCCAGCUUCUUGCUUGGCUCCACCUUGGAGGCCACCAACGUGGCCAGGCUGCCCAGGGGGACCCACACGUACAACGUCACCAGGCUGCACCCUGGCACGGAGUACUGGGCCUGCCUCCACCUGACCUUUGUAGACUUGCAGGCCAAGGUGGCUUGUGUGAGCACCAGGACUAAAGAGGCUGCUCCCCACUACCGGCUCCUGGAGAGCAGGCAGAGCCUCCUGACCCUGCUGGGCCUCUGCCUCCUGCUCCUUGCUGCCAGCCUCCUGGCUCGCUACGGCACCAGGGCAGAGCCUGGCAGGGAGCUGCCGGGGGGUGGCACAGCCCUGAGGGUGAUCUACCCACCCCUCACCCAGCUCUGGGCUCGGGGACAGCCUGGAGGGCAGCUCCUGGCUGUGGAGGUGCAAGCAGCACCCCCGGACUGCUGA